AUGGACAUGACCGGUGUGGCCGUGGCGGACAGCCCUAGCAGCGUCGUCGGAGGAACGUCGUCCGCGUUGGGGGCGCCGCGGCCGAGCAGGUACGAGUCGCAGAAGCGACGUGACUGGCAGACGUUCGGGCAGUACCUGCGGAACCACCGGCCGCCGCUAGAGCUUGCCCGGUGCAGCGGCGCGCAUGUCCUGGAGUUUCUACGCUACCUCGACCAGUUCGGCAAGACCAAGGUGCACGCGGCGGGGUGCCCCUUCUUCGGCCACCCCUCGCCGCCUGCGCCAUGCCCGUGCCCGCUGAAGCAAGCGUGGGGCAGCCUUGACGCGCUGGUGGGCCGCCUCCGCGCCGCCUUCGAGGAGCACGGCGGCCGCCAGGAGGCCAAUCCGUUCGGCGCGCGCGCCGUUAGGCUCUACCUCCGCGACGUCCGUGACAGCCAGGCCAAGGCGCGCGGCAUCGCCUACGAGAAGAAGCGACGGAAGAGGAAUCCGGCGUCGAAGCAGAAGACACGGCAGGGGCAGGAGGAGGCGCAGGUCGAGGUGGUGAGGCACUGUGGCAUGGUGGAUCACCCGACGGCGCACGCGCAGUACCUGUUCCCUAUGCAUUCGCAGUACCUGUUCCAGGGCCACUUCCUGGCGCCGGCUCCGGACGGGGAUCCCGCCGGAGCGCUGGAGGGCGGCGUGGUUCACGGCGGAGGGGAGGACAUCGUGAUGGUCAUGGCGGCGGCGGCCGCCGCCGCCGAGGCUCACGCGGCGGGUUGCAUGAUGCCGCUGCCGCUCUCCGUGUUCAACUAG